AAUUUCUUUACUUGGUUAGGCUAGCUACUGUUACAAUUUUUUACGUUUUUUGUAUUAUUGACGCUUUUUUGUUGUUAUAAUAUUGACAUUGGACAAGACGGCUUAGAAAUGCAAAUGUAGAGAAAAGCACAUUUGAAGACUCAGCGAGUAUUAGUCGUCAUUUUCCUUGAAUGUAGCCUAGCGAAGUUGUUUGUCACCAUUUUUUGGUAACUGAGUAACGUGAACACGAAGUGAAUUAGUUUCGUUAACUUUACGUGUCCCGCUAUCUUUUAUGGGCGGCCAGUUGGUGAAAGCAGGUCGUGGUCACAUGGUCGGUACGUAUGGAAGUGACAGGAGGGAGUGGGGGCAGGGAAGAACCUCGCGUAGACACAUCACAGUGCACGUUGAAUACGAGGAGGACCGUUGGAGGAGCAUCUUCCCCUGCCUUGCUCACACACUAGUGCCAGGCCGGCUCUGGCUCCUCUUCCGACAUCAUCUCUUAUGGUGUGUGUGUUUUCAAUGUAUUUAGAGACGCUGCGUGGGACGCGCGCACGGAGGGGAAGACACUCCCGGAAAUAACAUGCGUACACGCAGCCUGUCACGUACGCUCAGGAGUGGAUUUGCAUUGCUGUGGGCUGCGACACUCGGGACGACCUCAAAAUGUUUUUAGAAUAAUGCAAGCUGCCCGACAGCUCGGAGGGUGAGAGAUGAUGCUUGCAAAGGAAAAACAAGUCUCGGACAUGAAGGCAGUUGCAGCAGAGCUCCUCUCCGGCACGGCACCCAGCGGCUUGGCUAGAAGAUGAAGCGCGGACGUGGGCUACGUGCACAUCAUACGGCGCAAGAUGAGAUGAAAUGGAGACUUGGAGACGCACGGACCUUUUAAAGCCGAGGUCGGUCACGGCUUCAGCGUCUCAAGAGAAAAGGAUCAGCGGACUGCAGCUUCCCUGCUCACCGGCAGAGAUUGUGUACACACACCAAGAGGACAUGGGGCUCAACGGUUUGUGCGGGGCGGCGGUCGGGGAACCGACCGCUGAAGAUUUUCUGGCAGGUCUAGCCGAACCCCCUGGACUCACGACCCCGACAAAACAAUGCAGAAGCGGCGUUCCGCUCCACGGCGGUGGCGUCGCAUCUCCGUCUGUGGAGGGGAGCCCCCCAGGUGCUUUGGCUCGCACGCCGAACCCGGCACAAAUGAAGGGCACAGCUGGGACCUCUGUGCACCCCCUCACCAGUAGAGCCUGUCUAGUGGAGAAUGGGGACCCUGCUUUGAUGCGCAGGAUCAACAAUGACCUAAGAACCAAGCAACAGAAAAGGAGAGGUGGGGAGAACCGGGAUUUAGGAUUAGAGACGCUGACCGGGUCACCAGACUUGGGGUGUUCUGCUGAUUCAGUGUUUGCCUUGGGGGAGUCAGACUUAAAACGAAGGCGGUUGGCUGAUAGAAGUAUUGCUCACAAAUGUGCCAGAGUGACUCCUGACUGCACUAGAAGUUGCUACGGUGACCAGAUGAUUUCCAGUCACUGUGUCACUCCCCAGACCCCCUUUGCCCCCACAGUCCCUCCGAGUUUCCAACACAACAUAUAUCAGGUAGCAACCCCUGGCCCCUGCAGCCAAACCUCGCCUGUGGAGGCUAACGGCAUCCCCACCUCACCCCCUUUGGAGGGCUGGUCAGCGGAGCGCGUCGCCCUGCAGUACAUCGUGCCCUGCAUUAAGUACUACGGCAUAUGCGUGAAGGACAACUUCCUCGGCCCUGUGCUGGGCGAGCGAGUCUUGGAGGAGGUCGAAGUCUUAAACCAGAGCGGGAAAUUCCGCGGCGGGCAGCUGGUGAGCCAGAGGGGCAUUCCAUCCCGGAACAUCCGGGGCGACCAGAUUGCCUGGGUGGAAGGACAUGAGGCUGGAUGUAAGAACAUCGGGGCGCUGAUGGCCCAUAUUGAUGAGGCUGUCAUGUACAGCGCGGCCAACGGACAGCUGGGGGACUGUGUCAUCAAUGGACGCACUAAGGCCAUGGUUGCCUGUUACCCGGGUAACGGCGCCGGUUAUGUCCGCCAUGUUGAUAACCCUAAUGGCGAUGGGCGCUGCAUCACAUGUAUCUACUAUCUCAACAAGAACUGGGAUGUCCAGACACAAGGAGGGUUGCUGCAGAUCUACCCUGAAGGCAAAAAUGUGGUUGCAAACAUCGAACCCUUGUUUGACCGGCUGCUGAUCUUCUGGUCCGACCGCCGGAACCCCCACGAGGUCAAGCCAGCCUACGCCACUCGCUACGCCAUCACGGUCUGGUACUUCGAUGCCAAAGAGCGAGCAGAGGCAAAAGAGAAAUACAGACUGGCCAUGGGACAGAAAGGUGUUCAAGUGCCUGUCAGUCAGAACAGGACAUGAAUCCCAUCUUAAUCACCAGAGAGCCAGCAUGAAAGCAGCAUGUGCCUUUCUGAGCUCUUAAUGGAUGUCAUGAAGGGAGACGCUGUUAAAGUGUCACUUCUUUCGGCAGUUAAUGGAGCGGAGCAGGCAGACGCUCCUCUGGCUUGGAGAGGAAAGAAAAGGUCCUUUUCUUUUUAGGACAUCCCACUGACUCCUCGCAGGUUAUUUUGCCGCUUAUCAGUGAUAUGUCAGGUCAAAGGUGCGCUAAUAACGAUAACCGUGAGGAGAAUAUGGUACCUGUUGGUUCAGUACUGACCUGACACACUGAACACUAAACUGAAUGAUUGCAAUCUUUCAGUAGAAAGAAGCACAACAAACAUUUCAGGAUGGAAUUUCAGUAAAUCACACAACCUGAGAGAAAACCUGACAUGUCGUGAUCUCCGUGGGAUGGAUGUGGACCUUCACAUCAGGUCUCAAACAGGGUCUCAUGUCAUUGCGAGUGUUGCUAUGGAUGUGUGUGUGUGUGUGUGUGUGUGUGUGUGUGUGUGUGUGUGUGUGUGUCAUGCACCUAUAGGCUUCAUGCUUGCUUAAAAGAGACAAAAACAGCACAAAGCUCCAAUGUGAACAUUUCCCACACGCAGGAGAUGAAACCAAAUCAAGGUAACUACUGUAGAUGCUCUACUUCAACCGCAACUGUAGACAACCGUAUGGCAAGUGUAACACGCAUGGGUUUCACACCAACGGCUGCAGAGGUGCAUGCAGAGCUAGAUAAAGCUGCUGGAUGCUGACCACUCGCAAUACAGUACUUAAGCACAGCUACUGCCACCUUGUGGACUUCAAGGGGUAGUUUGUAUUUUUAGGCAGCCACAGAUGUUGUUUUUCAGCUGGUAUUUGCUUUUGUAGACUAAGCAGCCAUGCAGUCUGCAGUGCCAUGAAUAGAGGCGCUAGGUGGAGCUUUAUGGCAAAGAACGGGGGUGUCCCAAGUGCACGGCAGAGUCAUUUUACGAGAAUAAAGACAAAAUAUUAGGAGACUAAAGUCGUACUAUAAACUGGAAAAAUAGCAUAAGGUUGAAAAAUGACAGGAAAAAAGCCGUAAUAUGAGAAACAAAACAAAACAAAGAAUACAUUUGCAAUUUUAGGGAAAUUAGGUUGGGUAAAAGUUAGAAUAGGAUCAAGUCAAAGUAUUAUUAGACUAAAGACACAAUUUGAAGAGAAAAACAUGAACAAGAAGACAACACAAAGCUGAAAUGCAGCCUGUUUUUUUAUUAAAAUGUAACAAAAGUCUUUGCAUGUCUAAAGUGGCCCCUGCAUCCUUUGACAUUUCUUACCAUGUGGCCCCCGGUGGGAAAUGUUUGUACACCCCAGGUGUCCCAUCAUAGAAGGACAUUACUCACUCACUGGCCACACCUCCACGUGUAAAACAAUAUGAGGGGAUCAAAAUAUCAUCUCUUGCCGGUGUUUUUUCAAAUAAAAAUAACAUUAAAAGAAGAAUUAUCUCACAAUAACAUAACUUAACUGCGUUCUAAAUCAAAUAUAAAGACAUGACAUUAGCAAUAAUGAAAUAAUCAUGGUUAUCUUUUCAUCCAACUCUUGUAUCGGCCGUCAUUUGAAUGUGCUGGUGAGUUUAAACCUCAGUAGUGCUCCAUUAAAUCAAGUAUACAGCAUAGUACAGUACAGCACCAGUAUAGUACAGUACUAGUAUAGUACAGUACAGUGUAGUACCGUAUAAUAGCAAGCACAAGUUUUGGCACACACUCACUUGUAUGUGAACUGCUGCUGUGUGCAUGUGUGACUCUUCAAAUGUCUAUUUGACCUCAGAGUCAUCAACUACUGUCUUGAUGAUGGUUGCGGGUGUUUCGUUUGCCUGAAUAAGAAAAAAAAAAAAGCACUUUAUUGAGUGAAAUGCCUGUGACUGUUACUAGACAUGUAAAACAACAAAAAAAAGGCCAGCCGGUGCCUGAUAAAGCUACUCUUGACUUGCUGUAGUAGUUGAAGAAAGCGCAAUAAUGUGUGUGUGGGGUUUUUAAAGCUUGACAACAAUCAAACCCUUGUGAAAUGUGUGCGAAUGAUGUAAAAAAGGAAUUAAAUUCAGUCUAAUAACAGCUUGA